AUCAACAUUGAAGGUACUUGGUAGGUUGUGUUCCGUAGGCAAAUCAGAGCUGAUGUUUUUUCUUUCCAAGGGCCUUGAAUUUCCCACAUGCUUUAAAGCUACUUUCAGUAGCCUCAUGGCCCUUGCCAGGUUUUCUGUAAGGGUUCCACCUCGGGAACUGUUCUCAGCUCAACCUUGUUUUGACUAAAUUAGCAGCUCGAAGACUGGAACGCCGUUUCUUGCAAGAGUGACUCACCGGAUCCAAGAAAGAUGGGCUUGAGUCACUCGAAGACUCAUGGCCAAGUGACCAAAGUCGCCCCGAUGCCCACCAAAGAGGGGGCACCCAGUCCUCCAGGCUGUGUUUCUGUAUUUGGAUUCCAGAGUCCUUCGACGGAGAGGAGUUCCAGCUCCUUUGCUUCCCUGACAGAGAGAAACCCGCUCUCGGAGAGGCAUCUUCCACCCUUGCGGGAAAACUGGUUUGCAAGAUAUCCUUCAGUACCUGGACCUUUUUCACUGGAUCUCAAGACCGAAGAAGGAGAACCAAGUAUCAUUAAACAGCAUCCUCCUCGCAGACCUCAAAAGUUGGAACCUCUCAUUCUUUCAAAAGAUGUCCCUUCGGACAAGUUUUUGAGACAGCGGUCUGGGGCGGCUGCUUAUACACCAAAGGAGCUAGAGAAGAGGGGGCCAGCUGUUCUGCACCCCACGGGAAGAAGACGGCAGCACCUUCACAAGAUGAAGAUACUGGAAAUGCGCCAAGAGGCAGAACAGAAGAGGCAGCUGCGCCAGGAGGCCACGCUCGGCAGGCCAAACAAGAGGGGCUUCAAAGUCCGGCAGAAGCUUAGCCGCGUGCCGCAAAACGACAGCUCUGACGAGGACGACCUGUUUGCCAUGGAACAUGACGGACAUCUUGGUGAUCCUUGGGCUGGGCAAUUACUUAAGGGGCACAGAUUCCCCGAAACCCAUCGGGGCCCGAUCAGUAAAGUGGAGUCGUGGUUGCUGAACCAGCAGGCAAGGAAAGAAUCAUUUUGGGAUGCUUCCAGCACUGACUCGGAUAGCUGGAAAGAAUCGGACGAGGGGAAGGUUUCCCGGAAACCAGCCUUGGUGAGAACCAAGACGGAGAGGAUCCAAUUCUUCGAUGAGUUCUUCGACCAGGAGUACCCAUCUACAGCCACCAGAACGAGGCCAUCUUGGUGGUGAGUUUGGAGAAAGCCACCCACUCUCAGAUCUUGGUUCUGCUACUGUCCAGGCAUUGCUGAAGACCGAUAUAAGCCAAACUCCACAAUUUUGCUGCAGAUAUCAGCCCCAACCAGGGAGGAAUCUCUAAUGGCCCAUAUGAAGAUGCCCUGUACUGAGUCAGAUAACCGAUAUAUGAAGCCCGGUCUUACCUAUUCUGAUUGACACUACUUUUCUCAGCACUGCAGCUUUCAUCCUUUGGCCGAAGAGAAUGAGGAUUUCACAGGGGCUUUUUAGUGCUUUUGCCCCCAGCCCAAGCUCACUGCAGCCACCUGAACAUUCAAACCACAGAAUCAUUGGAAGGGGAUGCAGGGCAUUAUGCUUUGGAGGCUGUGGUGCCUUCUUGAAACAGGGCAUGGUCUUCCUUAUGCAUAGAAUCCUACUAUAUAAAAGGCUAAGCGUGUUCCAUACGACUCACUUCCUACUCUGGUGCACCACCAGAGGGCGCUGCCGUGGAGGGAAGACCAGGCAAGGCAACUCGUCCCUCCAGAGAGCACUUCAUGGUGGGAAGCCCAGGCCAGGAUCAGGCACGGAGAAGGUGGCAAUGCCAGCCCCCCGCCUUUAUGCAGCUGGGAUCAGGAGCGGAGCAGGUGGCAAUGCCCGCCCUCCUUCACUCAUCUAGGAAUGGGCGCAGAGCAGGUGGCAAUGCCUGACUCUCCUUCAACCCCAUGGAAUCAGACGUGCAGAGGGUGGCAAUGCCCGCCCCCCCCUUCACCAGGACAGAAUCAGGUGCAGAGCAGGAGGCAAUGUCCAACCCCUCUUCACCCAGCCGGGAUCUGGAGUGGAGCAGGCGGCAGUGCCCAUCCCCUGCCUUCACCCUGCUGGAACCAGACACAGAACAGGAGGCAACGCCCACUCCCCCUUCACUGGCUGGGAUUAGGAGUGCAGCAUGAGGUAAUGCCCACCCACCCCCUUCACCCGGCCGGGAUCAGUCACAGAGGAGAAGGCAAUGCCCACUUGCCCGCCCUCCCCUUUCUAGAGCUCGUUGUAUUUUUCCCCAAAACGAGCUUUGUUACUAGUCAAGAUAUAAGACUUGAAAGCAGGGCUCUCCAACAAGGCCCUGAGCCUGCUGCUGUGGGGAGGGAGGAAUAUAAAUCGAAUAUAAAUAAAUUUUAAAAACCCUGAUGCCCUCCAGUACUUCCCUUGGCACCCUCUGAGUUUUUCAGAAAUUGGGCAGGGCCACUGUAAGGCACUGCUUGUUCUUGGGCUGUCCUCAGUGCAAAAGUGUGCCACUGGAGGAGCAGGAAGACAGGCAAGCAUCUGAGUUUUCCUUGUCCAGCGUGUACUUUCAUCCGCUCUGUAGGCUUUCCUUCUUCCCAGGAGGUGUGAAGAGGGAAGUAUUCAAUUUGGAUCCCCCUUCUGUGGCAGCUAUUUUCAGCUGGCGCUCACCACCCAAAGGUACUCACAGGCUCCCCCCCAAAAAAGUUUGGGCUCCCUGUUCUAAAGCUAUGGGUUGGAUUUUUUGGUGAUUUCCCUGGGACAGGGGCCCUUCCGCUGAUUCAGGGGGGCUGUUCUGCUAGUGGAUCUUGGCAUCGGACAACUUCUUGCACUAGAAGAAAAUGGUGUUAUUAGCAAAAACUGACCUGCAGGAUUCAACCCUACGAUGCUAUGAAUUGGGAAUGACCAUCACAGCUACAUAUCUGAAACUAUCUACUUAGGAAUGUGCGUAAGACAGAGCAAGAGGAGUAGCUGUGUAAGUCUGUCUGCAGCUGUAGAAAAGAGCAAGAGUCCAGU